UAAGCGUGCGUGUUUAUGAAAUGUUCGUUGUCGCCUUUGUCAUCAAUCAGAGUUUACGCGUGCGCAUCUCGGAACGAGGCGCGAAAUGUGUCGCGCACGCGUGCAUACGAUCGACUCCUAUGGACGCGCGUCGAUGAUUCGCCGUUGACCGCGCGACGAGACCUAAUCUCGAGGGACAACGGUGGAAAGCGCGCGAAUCAGACAUCCCUCUGCGGCAUCAAAUGGAGAAAGCUCGUGUGGGGCGAAGUGGCAGGUGGAUUCGGUGGCACUCCCCUCGAGGAUCCGGUAUUGUCGAGUUUCUCGCGAUGUUUAGCUGGUGACAUUCUGUGCGUGUGGCGACGAGUAGCCGCCACGCCGGCCACUGCCGGCCCGGCGGCUGCUGCCAACGCCGCUUCGGCGCCCGGGGCUGGCAUCUUCGACCUGGGCAUCGCGCCCUCGCCCGCGCCCCCGCCGCUCUCCCUCACCGCCGCCAAGGAGCUCUGGAUCUUCUGGUACGGCGAGGAACCCGAUCUCUCCGGCCUGGUAUCACCGGAGCUCAUCGCUUGCGAAAGUGAACAGGGUUCUUGGGAAAGCGGAUUGUCGUACGAAUGCCGGUCACUUCUUUUCAAGGCUCUGCAUAACUUGAUCGAACGGUGUUUGCUAUCCCGUGACUUCGUUCGUUUAGGAAAGUGGUUUGUGCAACCUUAUAAUGGCUACGAGAAACACCGUUGCAGCAGCAGCCACCUGUCGUUCUCAUUUGCAUUCUUUGUCCACGGAGAAAGUACUGUGUGUGCAAGUGUGGACGUUAGGCAGCAUCCUGCGGUGCGACAUCUUACAAAGACAUGUCUACAACGUACCCAAACCUCUCAAUCCGGCGUCAAGGUGAUCCUAGCCCCUUACGGAUUGGCGGGCACAUUGACGGGUCAAGUGAGCCGUAUGGAUAGUCAACUUCUCGAAGAAUGGAAACACUUCUAUCCGAUUAGUACCGGCAGUCACCCGGAGACCGGGCUUCCGCCCCUCGUGGAGGUUCUCGUCGGUGGCGUGCGCAUGCGUUAUCCUUCUUGUUACGUCUUGGUUACGGAUAUGGAUGAUACGCCACCCGAAACUCCUCUCUCACCACCGAGCAGUCCCGUCGCUUGCGAACGACCCCUCUUAACACAACAAGAACUGAGCGCAGCUACCGAAUUGCCGGAACGCGUGUGGGCAGAAUGUACUUUGAGUUCGCCAGUGUCCGCUUCCAAAACAGAAUCUUCCACGGAACCUGAAACCUGGACGUUUGUGGAACCGACGCAAAAGUCUUCCUGUACCUGUUCAUGUUCGAAGUAUACGACCCCCGGGGGUUGGAAGAGCCUGGCCUCCUCUCAGAUUCAGAGGGAGAGGGUAGAUAAAGGUGGACGGAGGGUCAUACCGUUUCACCGACGCUCUACCACUCAAUGGGACGCUUGUCCCUCUGUCCCUGCUAAUGCCCCCAGGUCGGUACUAAGUAGAACGGAAGCACCUAGUACACCACCGGGCGGUCCUCCUUCGUAUUCGCGUGGACCACCAACGGGAGGAGAUUGUCUACCGGUACCGUCAGUUGGCUCACCAGGUUCUCCAGCACCGUCACCCCUCCUGACUCCGCACUCUGAGCCGGCGUCAGUUCCGCCCGCGGAACCCACGAUGCCGACUCUCAGUCCGCAACCGCCACCCAGUCACACAAACACUGCCCCACCUCUGACCCCAUCGCAAGGGCCCAAGUCCAUUUCUUCCGCGUGCAACAAUCAGGUGCACAGUCCAUCGGUUCCCGGGCCGAUACUGAAACGACCGGUCUUGGCGUCCAGGGAAUACGAGGGCGCUCUCUUAGACGACGAGCAACCCUUGUCUUGGCUGUACGAUUACUCGCUUCAGGAGGCAUGGCUGAAUCAUCCCGUGAAGCGUUUCAAGGCCACGAGCACCACCGGUCCCCCGAUCAACCGCAGCAACAUUCUAUACCCACCGAUGAACUCUCAAACGCUCCAGUCUCAAGCACCUAAGCUGGAAAUUAAACAAGAACCUGUCGCAGUUGCUGAAUGUAUUGGUAGAAGAACCGAUCCAUACGAAUUUGAUGCGACGGGUGAAGAAAAUGGCACAAAUGUCGAUGGUCUCAGACGACAGAGGGACGAUCCGUCUAAACCAGGAUCUCUCUUUACCAGCGAGGGUCUUCAACCAUCCUACAAAGAUUUAGAUCAAAUAUUUGACAAUUCCGACGCUGAUACUUCCAGUGACGAAACGAAUUUGAAUCAACUACAAAUACAAACGCCGCCCGGUUCGAAUAAAUCCGGUGGAUUGCACGAGGAAACGAGAAUAGAUGGUACGAACAAGAAUAACAAUCGAGGAGUUACAGUUCUACGACCAGAGGAGCUUUCCAAGAUGUUUCCUACUCCACCUUCUUUAGAGCAUAAUCCGGUCGCUUCGCCUUGCCAGUUGAGCGACCCCCUCAUAGACCAGACUGAACUUCUAAUGCCCACGCGUCCGCUCAGACACUUGCCCGACAUUUAUCCUAACAUGGGCUCUCCACAGGAGGAGCCGAUCGAUGAUUGGUCAUACGUGUUCAAACCGGCAGCUAUCUGCAAAAUGGUCGGUUCUUCCAAGUACGCACCCCUCACGAAUCUGCCUAGCCAAUCUCUGCCAUCCAUCACACUGCCAUCGCACUGCGUGUACAGACCUUCCUGGCAGUGCAAUCCUGCUUCCACUAAUCAGGCGGACAAAUCUCUUCCACCAACCAGACCCGGAUCCGUACAACAGCAACAACAACAACAACAGCAUCAACAGCAACAACAGCAGCAGCAGCAGCAGCAACAACAGCAGCAGCAGCAGCCUUGUCCUUCAAGUCCAGCGCCACCCUACCGCUCGGCCACUCUUCCUGGUAGGCCGCCGCCGCCGCCGUACGACCAACCAAGCCCGGCUACCUCUACUACUUCCUCGUAUCUUAAUAAAAAUCUCAACAGCAUCGAGGCAGAUACACCGGGACCCGCUCGUGCGCCCGAAUCUAAUUCUCUUAUAGUGAAUAUUCUCUUAGGCGACACGGCACUCAAUAUCUUCCGCGAUCACAAUUUCGAUAGUUGCAGCCUAUGCGUUUGCAAUGCCGGACCCAAGGUAGUGGGCAAUAUCAAAGGCGCCGACGCGGGUGUUUAUCUCAGCAAUUCGUGGGCGGGCUCUGCGCUUUUCCAGGACGAUGAUCCGAUUAGAUGCAGUUGCGGUUUCAGCGCCGUGGUGAACCGCCGUCUCGCGCACCGGGCAGGCUUGUUCUACGAGGACGAAAUGGAGAUCACAGGCGUCGCCGAAGACCCGGCGGAGAAAAAGAAAGGCUCACUCGCCGCGGCUGCGUGUCCUGGCGCGAAAGCAACUCCGGAUGGUCUCGACAUAACAUCGCCCAACGUUCUCGAAUUAUUGCGCGAGCAAUGCCUGAUUGUUCAAAGCUCGGCCAGCAGUCUGUAUCGAGCGGCUAGAAUAUGUGCCACCACGAAGAGCUAUCCGACGCUGACGCCGACUGUCAACACCCUAGAAUUCAACGAUGGUAACGAGGUUUGCGUUGCGGCGCUCGAUCAGGGCAAACUUGAUGGCGCGCACAACGAGAGGGUCGUGCGCGUAAACGGUGUGCACCGAUGGGUGUUCCUCAGAGCGCGUGGUCCCCAGUGUAGCGGCGACAUUGUGCGGAUGAUGAGGUCGCUACAGCCACUGCUCCAGGAUGCGGUACAGAAGAAAUGUACCACUCGUAUGUGGGAGGCACCGUACACCGUUGCCGGACCACUCACGUGGCGGCAGUUUCAUCGUUUAGCCGGGCGCGGCACGGAUGAUCGCUGCGAGCCGCAACCAAUACCCGCUCUAGUCGUUGGAUACGAUCGCGAUUGGCUAUCAUUGUCGCCGUACGCAAUCUGUUUCUGGGAAAAGCUGUCAUUGGAGCCAUUUGCCGGGCCCAGAGAUGUCGCCUAUGUAGUCGUUGCACCCGACAGCGAUUGUAUUGUCAAUAGAGUCAAGUCGUUCUUCCGAGAACUGUCCUGCACAUAUGAGAUUUGCCGAUUAGGAAGGCACACGCCAAUUUCGAAACAAUUACGCGAUGGAAUCCUACGCGUCGGCAAAUCGACCGCGCAGAAACUCGCAAAGCAACCAAUGGAUGAGUGGUUCAAGUUUUUGGGAGAGAAUCAUCUAGGCGAAUUGUUGAGGCUGUACGCUCAAGUGUGUAAUCAUCGGUUAGCCCCGUAUCUGACGCAGGUUAUACAAGACCGUAGUUUGUUAGAUCCUGGUGAUUCGCAAUCGUCCAACAAACAGCAAUCUACUAUUCCUGUUUCCGAUACUAUGCCAGCUACACCCGAUGUAUUAACGACCAAACCCGAGUCUGUUGAAGGAGAGAAUCCGCGAAGUGAGACUCCUUCCUCAACGAGCACAGCGACAAAUCAAACCGCUACUAAUACAACCGGUAAUACAACACCGACUUCACAAACUACAAGCACCACCACGCCGAUUACUACAACUACGGGUCCGGACGAGGAGGAGAUCGAGCCUCCGGCCAUCGUUGUCUAUUUUGUCGAACCAUUCUCUUUAGGCGGCACUGAGGAUCCCGAUCGACGACGACUCGCCAUUUUAGCUUUACUCAGAGCUUACUCAUCCGCAAUCAAUAGCAUGCCUGAGAAUAUGAGAUCAAAUAUUCAUGUUCAGAUAAUAUCCUUGGAAAGCAUAAUGGAAUUAGGACGAGCUCGAGAGAGGCGAAAGAUUCAAGAUGAAAUGCGAGCCUUGGCAUUGAAUGUCUUCCUGCAAGGGCGUCGAUUGUUAAACCAUAAUUCUACAGUAAAAAGUCUCACCGGUUUCGGUACUGCCGCCGCUGCAGAUCUCUUUCUCAAGAGUAAAGACGAACGGAACAAGGCAUCUUACCGGCUCUAUGCACCGGCUUUCGUGUUGGCACCGCUGCGGGCGAAGAGUGAAGCUCCCGAAUCAUUCGGCAUGGCGAGGCCCGAGGAAUGCGCGGUGCUCUAUCUCAGCUAUUGUUUGAGCGAGGAUCAGUCUUGGCUAUUGGCAGCUGCGACCGACGACAGGGGUGAAAUUUUCGAAACCGCUACCAUAAAUAUUGACAUACCCAAUAGGAAGAGAAGAAAACGAGCUUCAGCUAGGCGUAUCGGCCUUCAAAAACUCAUGGACUUUAUAUUAAGCGUAAUGUCCCAGGGUGUGCAACCAUGGAGAUUGGUCGUAGGUCGAGUAGGACGUAUUGGACAUGGUGAACUAAAGGGAUGGAGUUGGUUACUUUCUAGAAAAGCACUUUUGAAAGCCUCAAAGCAUCUGAAAGAGAUAUGUGGACAAUGUAGUCUCUUGUAUCCUUCAGCAGCACCUUGCGUGCUCAGCGCAUGCUUAGUUUCGCUCGAACCGGACUCCACUCUCAGAUUGAUGGCUGAUCAAUUCACUCCCGAUGAGAGAUUCAGUCAAGCCUCUGUAAACUGCCAAUUAUCCACACCACAGGAUGUUACGUGUACUCAUAUACUUGUUUUCCCUNCAUCAGCUACCACCCAGUCAUCGCAGACAGCAUUUCAAGAGCAACAUAACGUACCCGAAUUAGGAGAUGACGAAUUGUUCUCCGCUCUAAAUGAUGAUAUGCCAGAGGGUAUGGAAGGGAUGGGAGAUUUUAACGAUAUAUUCAAUGUAUGGCCUGAACCGGGUGCAGGCGGUGGACAAAGCCCGAACGGAAGUCCGCAUCGUCCCGAAGGAUCACCGCACGGAGGGGAUGGUGGUGGAUCGGGCUUAGGCAAUCACGAUGGUCCUGGUAGUCCCUUUCCGUGCAGUAAUACGCCAAGGAUAGCGAUAGCUGAACAAACGGAAGAAGUUGGCACCCUUUUGCAACAACCUCUCGCUCUUGGCUAUCUAGUAUCGACUGCGCCAACGGGACGAAUGCCACCAUGGUUCUGGGCAGCUUGUCCUCACCUUGAGAACGUCUGUCCGGUAUUUUUGAAAAAUGCGUUACAUCUGCACAGUCCCGCGAUACAACAAAACAGUGACGAUUUACUUCAGCAACAAAGCGCACCCACUGCUCAUCCGUUGGACUCGCAAUACACCACCGACGUGCUUAGGUACGUGUUGGAAGGAUAUAACGCACUGUCGUGGCUCGCGUUGGAUGCGAACACCAAGGACCGAUUGUCCUGCUUACCAGUACACGUGCAGGCGCUCAUGCAUCUCUAUCAUGCGACGGCAGCUCUCGUCUGACCCACACCCUCUCCCGUUGUAGUGCAGUAUGUGCACCUCUCUCACGCACUCCUUAUUAUAUCGUCACUCGGGGCUUUACGAGAGCAACUGAUUUCCUAUGCCCUUUUACCUAUACCUAUACUACGUUAGUUAGGUAUUUAGAGAGAAAGAGAUUGUGUCUAGGUACAGAGUACGAUCCUUCUCGACCAUAUGUAAAGAGAACCGAGAACCUUUUUUACUCGGAAUAUAAUUAACACGACACACACAUACACACAAGAUAACACGAUGAAUGCAAUGGUUGAAAAAUUCAAAACCCAAUGGAAACGAAAUACAGCGCGCGUACGCGACUCUCUUUACCAUUUUUCUAUUAUAUAACAGGCGAAAUAGAUUGUACUUUGUGUUUACGAUCGUAUCUCGUAUUUCAUAAGAGAAAUGCGUGUUCUGUACGAUUAUUGCCAAUGAAAGCAAAUAUGGAACUUGAAUGAUAGAAACGAACGUAUUACAGAAAAAUGAGAAUGCAAGUGAUGAGAGAUGUUGCGAGAAAGAAAGACAGGAGAGAAGAGAGAAUGGAAAUGGAAGAGAGAGAAAGAAAGAGAGAACGAAAGAAAAGUAUGAAAGAGAGGGAGAGAGAGAGAGAGAGAAGUUGAAAAAGAGAGUGCAUAAUAAGAAAAUGAUUAUCGAUUGCCUCUCUAUUGAUAGAUAGUUGAAUUACAAAUCAGAAUCUCUCUAGAAAAAUUACAUAACCAAAAGUUUUUAAUUGUAAAUUAAAUUUUGUACAAAGCUUUUAUUAUUAAUGACGAUGAAGUAAUAUAAAUGAUAUUACGUUGUUUUUUAAUUUUAUAGAUGAUAUAAAAAAGAAAAAGAAAGGUGGACUUCUUUUUUAUAAACGAUGCCUCGUAUAAGCCCCCGAUGUGAGAUAAGUAUGAUAAUUAUAAUAUUAUAUUAUGCUCGCGCGGUACUGGGUCGCUGUUAUCAUGUUUCCUGGACCCGUUAGCGCAAUUUUUCGAUGCUGUUUGACAAAUUUUAUUCGAAUUAGGUGACCUCUAUAUAUUAUACAUACAUUAUAGUGUAAAAUAUUGUUUUUAAAUAAUUUAUGAAGUGAGACAUCGCCGAGAUUAGAUAAUUGAGAAUGAAAGAGAGGGAUAAGGCGAGAAUGAGAGAGAGAGAGAAAGAGAGAGCAAGCGAGAGAGUGAGAAAGAAAGAACGAGCCAAUUACGCAGUGAUUGUUUUUUCCUCCAAUUUAACUCUGAAUGAAAAAAAAGAAAAGACACGAAGAGAGAGAGAGAGAGAGAGGAAUGUGGGGCGCGUCUGAGUGGAGCCACGGUGGCCAAUUGCGUCAGUCGCAUAGUACAAAUAUGACUUGUACAUAGAACCCCUAACUCCCUAAUUAAUUCAUUAAUUUACUCACACACCCACACUCACUCUGUAUCUAUAGUAUUUAUUACUGGGUAGUACGUCAUUAUUGGGAUUAUUAUUAUUAUUAAAAUUAUUAUUACCAUUAUUAUAUUAAUAUUACGAAAUACAGUUUUAUGUGUAUAUAUAU